AUGUUCAACCAUCAGUCAUAUCCAAGCAAGCUACUGCCACUCAUCUUUCUUAUUGCUCCAACAUGUCUGGCAAUAACGUAUCAAAUAGACGAUAUCACUCUUUCUGUAAAUAGUACUGCUGUUCUCUUGACACCUAAACCAUUUGGCUUUCUGUCUAGCAACUCAAUGCAAUUGUCUUGGACUCCAUCGCCUCUUGGAAACGCAUCAGCCGCUUUGUCAUGGGUCAAGGGUGUAUAUGUUGUUAUAUGCAGUGCUGGCCAAAUGAGUACAAAAACAGGCACUAAACUGAUGCGUUGUUCUGACCACAUUGCAAGAAAGACCCAGUGUGGUGAAAUGUAUUCAAUUGCUGAACUUCAAGUUGAUCCAACGGAUUCGACCAGUUUGACUCGUACAUGGUCGCCCAUACCCACUGGGUUUAAAAACGCAUAUUUGGCUUGGUGUAAUCGUCGAAACAGCACCAGCAACUCGCAAAUAAACAAUCCCUCUCGGAGUCGCUUUAUUGAAUCGGAUGAUACCUCGCUUCAAAACCAUCACGAUGAUACAUCUAUUUUAGAUCAUACAAUCGAUGCAUCAUAUGAGGACGUGUUGUUUACAGGAUCAGUUACGAUUCAUUUAAUGAAUGAGAUGGUCGGUUCGAGCGAGCUGUCUUUGCAGGAUCUUAUUGGUUUGAUUAGCACAUGUGUGUUUAUAUGUCUAUGGAUGUUUGGCGUUUUAAAAUGGUUCUGGAAAUGUUUGUUAAACUAUGAUCAGUUUAAAAACAUUUGGAUGGUACAGCUCAUUAGCGCUUAUAUCAUGUGUAUCUUGCUUUGCAAUAUUGUUCGUAUUGCAGCGUAUUUAAACAUGGAGUCUACAGGUGCAUCAAUGGAUGAUACGUACGCUAUUGCUUUAUAUAUAUUCGAGUUGGUAGAAAUAUUCAUGUCCGUGUCUAUCCAGUUGCUGCUCAGCAAGGGCGUUUCAAUUGUUCGAAGUACAUUGACGUUUGUUGAACGUGAUACAAUUGCAGUGCUGGUGAUUGCAUUUACAUGUACAUUUGCUUUUUACGGCUACCACUUGCCAGGCUCUCUCUUUGGAUCGUUGGCUAUGGUUACUACCGUGUAUGUCGCAUUGGCAUGCAACUUGCAGCACGUUAUGAAUAUACUUGAAUAUCAUAUUGGAACAUUACAGUCGACUUCCUAUUUGGGUAGAUUUGGCCAGCAAAUAGUUCCGACAGAACCAUCUUUAAACGAAACCAUCAAUGUGUAUGAAUCAUUACCAGACACCAAUGCAGAGCAGCAUUCCAAUCGACGGUUUUGGAUUUCUCGUAAUCAAAUAUCACACCAAUCGGAUGCAAUGCACAUCACAACAAGCAAGUUGCUAUGGUGGCAAACAUCGACUCUGCGUACUGUUUCCAUCACUGAUCCUAUAUGGAAUAUCAAAUCCAUUUACAUGAAGAAACUGGAGAUUGUCAAAACAUCGCGGUAUUUUCUCCUGUUUUGGGGUAUACUGCCUGCAGUGACUCAGAUCUUGGAUAUUUUUCAACUCGAGGCUUCGCCAGCUCCAUCCAUGUGCGUGUCAUUUUUUGGCCACCUGGUUAUUUUUGCAUGGUUUGUUGGUCAACUUGGUCCUAGACCUGUUUCAGAAGUGGUGCGUCUUGUUGGUAUUACUCAACGUCCAUACACAAAACACAAGUCUAUCCUACGGUGA